AUGCAUCUUGAAGAAAUUGUCAUUGACGGAUUCAAAAGCUAUGCAACAAAAACUACCAUAGGUUUAUUACAUAAGCAAUUUAAUGCAAUAAGUGGUCUUAACGGUACUGGAAAAUCUAAUAUUCUGGACGCUAUUUGCUUUGUUAUGGGUAUUAAAUCUUUGCAGCAGAUUGCUAUUGGCGGAAGAGAUAGAUUUAUUAUGAACGGACACAUAGCAAGAGCAUCAGAUGUUGCUUCCGUUCUUCAAUCUGCCCAACUUAAUGUUAAUAAUCCUCAUUUUUUAGUGAUGCAACUUCAAGAUAUAGAAAAUGUACUAGAAAAAGAAAUUCAGCCUAACUUAACACAGAUGAGACAGAAACAGUACUAA